AUGGCUUCGACUAGUACGCCGGGCCGUGGUGUCAAACGCAUCUUACAGGCUUGUAACAACUGUCGACGCAAGAAGACGCGCUGCCCCGGCGAGAAGCCAAAAUGCUCCAACUGCACACGCCUAUCGCAGCAAUGCCAGUAUCCGGGCUACGACUUCGAAGGAAGCCAGCACCUACCGUCGUCGAGUCGCACUGUCGAAGAUAGGCUUGCGCAGGUCGAAGAGAAGCUUGACCUGAUCCUCGAACGGCCAGUCGGGUCUCCCAGACAAGGAGAGACGCCUCACACAUUGGACGACCGCCACGAUACAUCGCCGCCCACGUCUCCCUCUACCCAACGCCCAAGAGCGUCUUACUCUAGGCUGCUACCACAAGAUAACGUGAUCAGCAGAGCCCUUGACGUGUAUUUCUUGUGCUGCCACCGACAGCCGGUCUGGCUUUUCGAAGCACGAGGCGACUUAUCAUCAGAUUCAGCUGAAGAGCUUGUUCUGACAAUCCUUGGCCUCAGCACAUUGUAUGCACCUGAUGAGUUCUCCGAAUUCCAGUUGCGAGACCCUGGGGCAUACAACGAUGCGGCCCGAAGUCUGAUCAUGCUAAAAGUCGCUAAUUCGACCGUGGACAUGUCCAUGUUACAGGCCCUGUGUCUGCUGGCGUUUGCGAAUCUUACCUCUGCCAAUCUGCAGCUGGCAUCUUUCCAUAUCGGUCUAGUAGGAAGCCUCCUACAAUGCUCUGGCCUCGACAGUCACAUAUCGCAGGAUCGAACAUCCUCUCUCGAGGAGCAACGACGAUUGUUCUGGAGUAUCCGAGCGCUACAUGCACUAUGCGGCCUCCACACGAAGGCCGCCUUUCCAAUCGACAUGCACGCCCCACGAUACCUAGUGGUUGAUGAGACGUUGCGUAACACCGGCACACAAGCCCCGCUUUUGCCGCACGAAACCCACAAUGACCAGGGCCAAAUGGCUCUCGGUGUUUGGGCUCACAUGGUCAGGAGUGCGACUCUGUGGGAAGAGGUCCGACUGUACCUGGCAAGAUGUGCGGAGGGUCAAGCGAAAGAUCCCUGGCAUCCUGAGUCUGGCUAUACAGCUAUCAACGCGCACCUCUUCGAUAUGGAAUGUGCCUUUCCUCAGUCGUAUCGUUUUGACUCUGCCAAGUUUCACGAGCGCUCAAAGCACGAGAUUUUUGAUAAACGCGAUUUCUGGCUGCCGUGGAUGAAGAUCCAGGUCACCUAUCACACUCUGUACUCAGUCUUGAACCACCCGUUCUUAUACUCAUCACGGGCCACAAGACCGAAACCCGGUCCAAACGGUUUUUGGAAGACGUCGACCGAUCUUGCCCUUUUGCACAGCACAUGGAUAGCCCGAUUAAUUGGUCUGGCAAAAUCCAAAAGUCUUGAGUUAGCCGAUCCGUUCUUCGCAUACGCGGCGUCGGUAGCAGUGACGCUACACCUCUACUGGUCUCGGGCCUCAGACUCCAAGAUCCGCUCCCCGGCGCAAGACAACCUUGCCACCUGUCGGUCCUUCAUUGCUGAUAUGGCUACUCAUUGGCCUAUCUGCCAGAUGAUCUCAGACGAUGUCGACAGAUUUGUGCAGCUGGUCUCUUCAUCAACAAGCCCGGUCCAAGGACACUCGAGCAGCUUUUCAGCACAUACUUCAUUGAUGUGGAAAAUCCUGCGAUUCACCACAAUGAGCCACUCCAAACAUACCGGCCGCAGCCUCUUCCACCCGUCCCUCGAAAACUCCGUGCUCUCGAGAGCAAGCAGCCACGAUCAGGUUGCCAUAGACGAGCCGGAGCUGGACGACCCUCCUGAAGACUAUCAAACCUCUACUGGCGCGUACGCCGCGCCACCUGACUGGUACUCUCCCAUGACCAGUUCCUCGCCGCAGGCUACGAGACAGCAACUCGAGGGACAACCACAUAUGUUCCGGGAGUCGUUCUCUAACCAUUCCUUAGAGCAAGUCCCGGUACAGCAAAAUCAUCCGACAGCGGCUGUCUGGACGUGGCGUCCGGGUGACGCAUAUACGGCGCCCGACCCGUGGUCCCAGUUCUACGAACGUGGCGGAGCUGAGCAGGGAUGGUGGGAGUAUGGCAACCUCUAG